AUGAGAACCCCAAACAUCAACUACUAUCGCAAAGGCAAUCCCAGGUUCAGGUGCUUCUGCAGCUCAGAUACAGGGUGGGGGUGGCUUCAUGCUGCAGUAGCAGCCAGAGCAGGUUCAAUUUCAUCCCAACCGUAUAUUUAUUCCUGUGUAACCCCAGAGCUGUGCUUGUUUGUGCUGCUGUCAGACAUGGCCAGCGAUUCAGUCUUUGUCGUUGCUAUAGAUUUUGGCACGUCCUACAGCGGGUACUGUUUUUCCCUUGCUUCAGGUACAGACCAAAUCCGCCAGGUGUUCUGGGGAACAGAGCAUGGUCUCAAGACCCCGAAGACACCCACAUGCAUCUUGUUUGACCAGAAGCAGGAGUUCAGGAAAUUUGGCUAUGAUGCUAUGAUGAAGUACAAGAGCCUGCCCUCCAGCGAAGCUGACAAGUGGUACUUCUUCCAGAACUUCAAGAUGAUACUGUACAACAUGAAGGUCACUUCUGACAUGGAGAUAGAAGCAAGCAAUGGAAAGACACUUCCUGCACUUAUGGUCUUUGCUGAAAGCCUACGCUACAUGAAGCAACAUGCCCUGAACACUGUCCAAGAGGCCUCUUUCCACACUGUUUGUGACCCCCAGGAGAUCACCUGGGUCAUUACUGUCCCGGCCAUAUGGAGUGCAGCUGCCAGGCAGUUCAUGCGGCUGGCAGCAAUAGAGGCAGGACUCAUCUCUGACAUGAUUUCUGAGAAGCUGAUUAUUGCCCUGGAGCCAGAGGCUGCAUCACUCUGGUGCAAACAGCUUCCACAACAAGGGUUUAUCGUAGAGGCCAGUGACAAGACAAAGUUUGAAGACUCCCCUGGGAUCCAGUAUAUUGUUGUUGACUGUGGAGGUGGCACAAUAGACAUCACAGUACAUGAGAUCCAAGAAAACCAUUAUCUGAAGGAGUUACACAAGGUAUCUGGAGGUGGAUGGGGAGGCAACAGAGUGGAUGAAAACUUCAGUGCAUUCCUCAGAGAAAUAUUUGACAAUGGUGUAUGGGAUAAAUAUGUAAAGAACCACCCUACCGAAUUACAACAUAUGAUGUACAACUUCAGUCUACAGAAAUGCUCUGCCAGCAGGGAGGCAGUCUACAUACGUUGCUACUACAACUUGACAAGAGUGGCAGAAAGCAGGAAGGAGAUCUCUGAGUUCUUCAAAAAAGUCACAGGAGCUGUAUGGUGUGAUGGGAUGAUCAUGAUUACAUAUGAGAAAAUGAAGAGCUUUUUUGAAUACAGUAUCAAAAAUAUUGUUGGUACUUUGAGGGAAAUCCUUGGCAAGCCUGAGAUGGCCAAGGUACAGUAUAUUUUACUUGUGGGAGGUUUUUCGACUAGCAUCAUCUUGAGGGAUGCAAUCCAUCAGGCUUUUAGCAAGAAGUAUCAUAUCCUUUGUCCCAUGGAGGCCCAAGCUGCUGUUGCAAAAGGGGCUGUUUUAUUUGGAGUCAAUCCAAAAAUCAUUGCCUCAAGAAUCAGUGCUCGGACAUAUGGCGUAAAAGUAUGCACAAGAUUUGAUGCUGCUAUCCACGACUUUUGUAAACGAUUUGUCUCAAAAGCUGAUGGGCUUGUUUAUUGCAAAGAUAUCUUCAAGAAAUUGGUGGGAAUUGAGGAGUCAGUGAAUAUAAAUGAAGUUGCCGAAUAUAUUUUCAGUCCAGUAGAACCAGAUCAGACAAGUGUAUGCUUUGCUUUCUACUCCACAGAAAAGCAGUGUCCUCAGUAUGUAGAUGAGGAAGGGAUGGAACUGCUUGGCUCAUGCACAGUACCAACGCCAGACACAAGUCUGGGGAAGAAACGCAAACUGAGGCUGGAUGUUAAAUUUGGGCUUACUGAAUUUAAAGCCACAGCUACAGACAUUACUUCCAAACAAAGUCGGACAAUUGUGAUAGAUUUUUUAACUGUGUAA